AUGUUAGAUCCCGUUGAGCUACAUGUCUCCCCUUCCUGCUACGAGUGCAUUUCAUGGUCAGCAGACGGCGAAAUCGCUCUUGCAGCAGGAGAGUACGUUCAAAUCCUGACACCACGAAAAUCCACCCAGAAACAAAAAGGGAGCCGCUCUGGCCACUCGAAAAAGGAACCAGAAUGGCACAUCACGCGCUUUCGAGCCAACAUCUUCACUAACAAGGAAUGGCCUACAAUAUUCCCUCAAGAUCGGGAUAAUUUCUCCAUUGGACCAGAGAUCUCUCCGAGCUCAGUAGUUGGGCUGGCCUGGUCACCACCAGGACUAGCGAAGUACAGACGGUGCACUCUGGCCGUGCUCACAUCCAACCUGAUACUGACCUUCUACCAAAUCGUUGAAGGCAAAUGGACGCGAGUCGCGAUUGUGAACAAGGCGUUGCUGUCGCAGUUUGAAGCGUUCAUUCCCGACGAGGGCCCGAGGCUGCGCAAAACCAACAUACGAGCCUUUGCGUGGUGUCCGCCUCUCAAGGUUCCCCGCGGCGAGGACAGUGGUACACCGGCCAACUCAGUUCCAGGCGCAGAGAGCCGAUGGGGCUCCCAAAUUCUCGCAGUCGCGAAUGAUGCCAAUGAUGUGAUUUUGCUGCACGUUCAGAGUUCUAAUGCCGCGCAGGGCGCUCCUACCUACACUUUCGACCUAUUGUCCCUCACCUCAGUGCAUGAUCCUGUAGGAAACUAUCCUAUGGUGCAUUCUGGCUCGGUUCUUGCGGCAUGUCUGACAUCGAAAUUGAGGAUUUUGAGUAUGUCGUGUGGCCCUUGGUGUCGCAGGAAGACCAAGGAAGAGCGGGGCGCUUGCUUGGUGACAGGGAGUGUAGCUGUUGUAUACGGCACAAAGCUCAAAAUCAUCAGAAUCGAUGCAACACUGACCCAUGACGGCCAAGGGCCAGAGACAUCGUAUCGAUGGAAUCUGGAAGCUACGUCUACAGAGGAUCAACAAUUGUUAGGCAGAUUGUGUAACAGUCACACCUAUCAUAGACCGGUCGAGUGGGUACGAUCGGAAGAAUCCGAGCAGUGCCAUCUCGCUGUGAGUACACCAGGGGCUCUCAAAAUUGUGAGCUUCCCUCGCGCAGUAUAUGGCGGAUCAGAUACAUCCUAUGGAGAAGUGCAGACUAUGAUAUAUCCUCUUCGCGAAGAAUCAGAAACCGCCACAGAAAAUGAGAUAAUGCAUUGGGAGCCUAUCAGCGGUAGGGAGACGCAUCCUAGACCAAUCACCGCCCUCGCUAAAUUAGAAACAGCAAUGACAGUCGCAUGUGAGAAUGCGUCCGCAGUACCUACGCUUCAGUUUGGUACCAUUGGAGGGAUUGCGGCAGCCAUAGAUCUCACCGGCUCUCACAUCGACGACUCGCUUUCCCCCGCCCCAUGGAAAACCGAAUUCGAUGCCAUGCGUGAAAGGUUCGAUAUUGACCAUGAUCUCGGGGGUAUGGCCAUCGGCAGAGUUUGGGGGUUAGCAGCCUACGAUGGGGUCGUUGCAGCUGCUGUCACGCUGCAUCCCGGGGAUAUGGUCGAGUAUCGCACCGGUGCGCAGGAACGCACCACAAUCAUCUUCUCAAGAGCAAGCUUGCAUGCGCAGCAAGACAUCCCAGCGGUUUUCCAGGCGCUACCAGAGUUUACAGCUGACUAUUUGCGCUCGAGACGUGAGGCUGUGUUUGGGUUCAUAUUGAGUUCUCUAGACCAUGAUGAUAGAAACCCAUGCUAUCAAAUGAUCGUGUAUACAGCUGCCUGUUGUGCUCUUACAGACUCUCAAAACGAUACACUGCGAGCACAGGCUAGAGAAGCCUUCGAAUGGCUUGCCACAACUACAGGGGUGGACCUGACAGAGGAAUUGGCAAAGUGCUCCGGGUCUGGCAAUAUGGUCGAGGCGAAGCCAACAGAGCAGCUCAACGGACCAGGUGGCCACAUGUUCGAGAAAUGCGACAUAUGCCAAGCCGGAAUAGCUUGGUAUUCUGCUCAGGAAGCGCAAUGCGCGAAAGGUCAUCUCUUCGGUAAGUAUCUGAAUUGUCCUUUGGAAUAG